UCGAAAAUGGUAUUAAUCGACACGACCGGCAAAUGCACUUGUUUAGCGCGUUCAAAAGCAAAUUUUGUUAGUUUUAUUAAAAAUAGUCGCACUUGCAGCCUGGAACGUACAUAGAACACUAUGCAGGAGUUCUUCAAAGUGCUGAUGCCGGACGUGAAGAGGGAGUUGCGUCGGGGCAUCAUCGAGUGCUCGAAACGCGGCUUGCUGCAUAGCACUAAAUGGCUAGCAGAAAUGCACCAUGGCUUGAGUGAUAUAAACAUCGACAAUGAGCCACCGGAUGAUGAUCAUUCGUUUAGCGAGUGCCAGCUGGAAGGCAUUGCGCCAGCGGAGUAUGGCGAUUACUUCUUGGCCAAGAGCUACUACGAUGUGCGGGAAUAUGAUCGAGCAGCGCACGCUGUCAGGAACUGUGAAUCGAGCGUGCCACGUUUCCUUCAUCUGUACUGCACGUAUAUGGCACGCGAAAAGCGACGUCUCGACUCCACCACCGAUCAAGCGAAUCUCAAUGAGCCAAAUCAAAUGCGUGACUUGGCCGAUCUCUUGGCAACGUUACGCGCGGCGCAUGGACGCGGCCGAUUAGAUGGCUAUGGAAUAUAUCUUUAUGGAGUUGUUCUUAAAGCACUAAACCUUAAUAAAGCAGCAGAGCAAAUGCUUUUAACCGCUGUGCGCAUGGUGCCAAUGCUAUGGAGCGCCUACCUGGAGCUAUCGCCUCUCAUAAUGGAGAAGAAGAAGUUGUUGAGCAUGCAGCUGGGCGGUCAUUGGAUGUCUCAUUUCUUUAUGGCACACACUUAUUUAGAGCUGUAUUUGAAUGAUGAUGGACUGAAGAUCUAUGAGGAUCUUCAAGCUGCCGGCUUCAACAAGAGCAUCUAUAUAACCGCACAAAUGGCGCACGUCUAUCAUAAUAAAAGGGAUGUGGACAAAGCUAUCGAGCUGUUCCAGGCUCUGCUCGAGAGUGAUCCCUAUCGCUUGGACAAUGUGGAUACAUACUCAAAUUUGUUGUUUGUCAAGGAAAUGAAAACUGAAAUGGCACAACUAGCGCACAAAGCUGUUAGCAUAAACAAAUAUCGACCCGAGACAUGUUGUGUCAUAGGCAACUAUUAUAGCAUACGCUGUGAUCAUCAGGUGGCAAUUUCAUAUUUUCAGCGCGCCUUGAAGCUGAAUCCAAAGUAUCUAGCCGCGUGGACGUUGAUGGGCCAUGAAUUUAUGGAGCUGAAGAACACAAAUGCAGCUAUACAGAGCUAUCGCAAAGCGGUAGAGGUCAACAAGCGUGAUUAUCGCGCUUGGUAUGGUUUGGGCCAGGCUUAUGAGAUCAUUAAGAUGCAUUAUUAUAGCUUAUAUUAUUUUAAAAUUGCCCAUCAACUGCGUCCAUAUGAUUCACGCAUGCUCGUCGCAUUGGGCGAAACAUAUGAGAAGCUGGACAAAUGUGAAAAUUCGGUCAAAUGUUAUUGGAAGGCCUGCGAUGUGGGCGACAUUGAGGGCAUAGCCAUGUAUAAGCUGGCCAGCCUGCACGAGAAACUGGGCGACAACGAGACGGCCGUUCAUUGUUAUAUUAUGUACUGCGAGGACGAACGCGCAGCCACCGACAAACAGAGCCUCUAUCAGGGCUUUAUGACACUGGCCAACUACUAUGAGAAGAAGUGUGAUUAUGAGCGUGCCGCAUACUAUGCUUACAAGUGUCUGGAUUCAGAUGAUCGUAAGACAGAAGCUAAGGCCUUGCUGAAGACAAUCGAUUAUCGACGCAGCGCUGAAUGCCAGAAGAAAAAAUCCGCCACAACGGUUGUGGCAACGGCAGAGACCAGCUCCGAGGACGAAAUGGAGUGGGAGCAACUCGAUGUACGUGCCCGAGUGCCAUUUACCUCCAUAGCCGAUGCAGGCAAACCAACGUCGACAGCAACCGCAACAUCAAGCUCCAGUGGCAACUCAGCUACAGGUGCAUCUACCUCAGCAGGCGCGAGACGAUUGCGUUCAGUGCCGGAGCGUGUGCGUCGCGCACAACCCAAUCAGCGAACUUUGACGGGACCCACGGCAAAUAGCACAGCAACAACACCAGCGACGACAACAACAAUACCCACCAUAAGCGAGGAGACGCCCGGAGGUAGUUCAGCAACUGCAACAGAAACGGAGACUUUGGAGGAGUCAACGACGGCGUCAACGACCGCUGAGCCUCAGGCAGCACAUGAUAAUAGCAGCGCCAUGGAAAUUUCUAGCGUGUCCAUUGAUUAAAUAGAUUAUGUUGUG